GGAACAUCUUAUCCAUAAAGAAAAGAGUGGUGCUUAAUUUUUUAGAUUCUACCAAACAUAAACAUUUGGGGAUUGUGUCACAGAAACCACUUGUUAAUAAUAAAGAAUGGGUAGAAAACAAAAAAGUAAACAAGGAGUGCCUCCCACGUUAGAAGAAACUCGCGGGACUGUCAAAAAGCCUAACGCAAAGGCAGAGAAAAAGAGAAAAUCAACGGAAGAAACUGCUGCUUUACAACCCCCUAAAAAGCAAAUUGCCCAAGAAAAGAAGAGUCUUUUUGAAGAAUCAGAAUCAGAACCCGAAAACAAUGACUUAGAAGCAUCUGGUGAUGAAUUUGAAGAAGCCGAGGAAUUGUCAGAAUUAGAGGGUGACGAAGAUGAUGAUCUAGCUCAAGAUGAGUUUGUACAGGAUGGCGAAGAUGACGAAGAAUCAGAACAAGAUUCUGUUUUCGAUUCUGACGAAGAAAACCGCGCGAAGCCAAUGUUCAGUGACGACUCAGGCGACGAGGAUGAUUUGCAAGUUGCCAACUUGGAAGCCAUGUCUCGUAAAUUAGAUGAAGAGGCCGAGUUAGAAAAAAAGGAAGCUGAAGAAGAGUUGCAUACCAAUAUCCAUCCUACUGCUCCUACUAUUCUUCCACCUAAAGAUGAGGCUGGUCUUGUCGAUGGUCAACCAACGAGCGCUUUUACUCAGGAUUUGUCCCAAAUUCAACUCCGUAUUCAAGAAAUCAAUCGUGUCUUGAAUGACUUUAAAAAUCUUUGCGAACCUGGUCGUAGCCGCGCUGAAUAUGUCGACCAGCUUAUAAGCGAUGUCAGUGUCUAUUAUGGUUACUCAAGGUUCCUUACUGAAAAGUUUUUUGAACUAUUCCCUGUCUCCGAAGCCAUCGAAUUCUUUGAAUCUAACGAAUUGCCUCGCCCGGUUACUAUCCGUACAAACACCCUCAAAACUCAACGUCGUGAAUUAGCGCAGGCUCUGAUUAAUCGUGGUGUAAACCUCGAGCCUAUAGGUAAAUGGUCAAAGGUUGGUUUGCAAGUCUUUGAGUCGCAAGUUCCUAUUGGUGCCACCCCUGAAUACCUCGCUGGUCAUUAUAUCUUGCAAGCCGCAUCUUCAUUUUUGCCAGUAAUGGCCCUUGCACCUCAGCCUAAUGAACGAAUUCUUGAUAUGUCUUCUGCUCCCGGUGGUAAAAUUACUUAUGUUGCGGCUUUACAAAAGAAUACUGGUGUUAUCUUUGCUAACGAUGCUAAUAAAGCUCGUACCAAAGCUUUAACAGCCAACAUUCACCGUCUAGGAGUACGAAAUGCGAUUGUUUGUAAUUAUGAUGGUAGGAAGUUUCCUAAUGAUGUAUUAGGUGGCUUCGAUCGUGUUAUGCUUGAUGCUCCUUGUUCUGGUACCGGUGUCAUUUACAAAGAUCAAUCUGUAAAAACAAACAAAUCUGAGCGGGACUUUGACACACUUAGUCAUCUUCAGAGACAACUGCUUUUGAGUGCCAUUGAUUCUGUUGAUGCCGAUAGCAAGACAGGCGGUUAUAUCGUUUAUUCUACUUGUAGUAUUACAGUUGAGGAAGAUGAAGCUGUCAUUCAGUAUGCUUUGAAGAAGCGUCCAAACGUUAAGCUUGUUUCUACUGGCCUUGAAUUUGGCCGUGAAGGGUUUGUUCGUUUCCGUGAAAAGCGUUUUCACCCUAGCAUGAAAUUAACCCGGAGGUAUUAUCCUCAUGUUCAUAACAUUGACGGUUUCUUCGUUGCUAAGCUCAAGAAAGUUUCAGACAAGAUUCCUCGUACAGUUGAUGAUGCUGCUGCUGAAGAAGAAGAAGAGCACUACAAUGCAGAAGAUGACUCUGUCAGUGCAAACUCUGAGAAUGAUAACCUCACUUUUGACGAUGAAGCUGAUAAAGCUAUCAUUGAAGAGAACCGUAGAAAAUGGUUGAAGUCUAAGGGUUACAAGGUUUCUAAAAAAAACUAAUUUAAUUUUGGAAUUCUGAUAGGUUAAAGGGAGUUUUGGAUAAAUUAAACGAAUAAAUUUAGUUAUUUUACUGGUUCGUA